AUGCCUUGCCGCGGCCCUUGCUCACUCAAGCGCAUAUUUUUCUACGGGUUCUCCGCACCCGUUCCAAAUCAGAUUGCUCUUUUAAAACCUGCUUACGGUGCCAUGGCUUUACACCGCUUUGCCAGUCAGUUUUGUGUAAAAUCAAACCAUGCGAGGGUGUGCCUGAUAUCAUCAUCAAGAUUAAGGUUUGUUUUAUGUCCCCUUAGUAAAGAUUGAUCGUAGAAUAUCCAACAUUACUGUUUGGAAUACUAUUAAAGCUUUGGUACUGGUCUCUCUGGCUUCAUCUCGGUGGAAGGGGAUCUUGUGGCCCUCAAGAGCAGGGGUCGAAAAAGAAACUUGAAUUUCAGUUUUUUCCUUCGGAAAAGUAGCUUUCAAAUUUUGCUUGCUCAGUGACAUUAUGCAUUUAUCCCUGAUUUAUCAGCGGCCACCCCGGGGGGUAACCCCGGGGACAUUCGCGAGCAUGGCACGGGAUUUGUCAACUUUGGUCGUUAAUUUUAAGCCUGGGAUGGGGGGACUGGAAUGCUUUUGCACUUUUGUAGCAGGAUCCCAGGGGAACACCCUCGGGAUUUGUAGUGCCGCCGCCAUUUUGCAGAUGGAGCUGGAAAUGAGUGCCGUUCCCUUCUGCAAAAGGACUGGGUAUGUUGGUGAACAUGUUCUGGCAAAAUGGUGACAUCAAAAGAUGGUAAACGACUAUAUUUUUCGGAAGAAACUACGAUUCCUUCAAUAGAACUCUUUUGAAAUAUUGCACCCUUUAACCUGGCAGAGCACACUUCUUUGCCCCCAGGGGAGGGGUGGAGGGGUGUUAGAAGCUUUUUGUAAACUCGGUAGGGCAAAUGACCAGGGGUUCCCUUGGUCACCCUGCCCCCCCUCCCCCGAUGGCCGCUAAUAAGUGCAUCACCAAGGUAUUUGCUUGUCUUAGUUUUAUAGUGAUCUAGUUAGAGGACCUGCCAGACUCUCUCGCUUAUAACUUCGGUAACCUUUCUACCCUGUGAGCAGAGGCCCUUCCAUCUUGCUAAGAAAGGAAGAUCGAAGGGUCUGCAUGUAAUAUUGGACAUCUAUGAAAUUGAAAGUAAUAAAAUUGUUUUGUCCUUUUUUUUUCAUCUAUACUGUGUUUGUGUGGGAACCUGUCUAAUACACAGUGCAUAAUCCUAAUGGAAGAAAGGGACAUGCCUCCAUUGAGAGCCUCUACAUAUAUAAUCAGGCUAAUUUUAAUUUUACUGCAUAUUGUCCUUUUAAUUGACACUGAGUGCUUAGUGGGUACAAUCCUGAAGAAAAAACUGAGACAAAGCCAGUCAAGAGUGAAUCAUUACAUGAUCCCUUGAAUCAACAACAAUGUAAAGAUAUUACGGACCUUAAGAUCCGAGGACGGCGACGGCGAAGAAAAUGUCGCUGAAAAAGUGAAUUCGCGUUCUUUCAAUCUUCAUAGCGAUUACUCCAAGUCACUAACUUUGUCAAAUGUUGGGGAACCCUCCUGAAGUUGAAUUCCUAAGAACCAUAUUCAAGUUCAGAAAGAGAGAGGAAAUUUUGUCGUCGCUUGUGUACUUCCUCUGUACAUCGGGAAAUUAGGCAUUUUCAAGUCGUAGUCGUGCAUUGACGGCAAAGAAAUGUACAAAAAAGCGUGAUGCACGAGCAAAAUAGUUGUUUUGCUAAUUAAACCUAUUGCUUUUGUGGCGUUGCCGUUGCCGUUGCCGUCGUCGGAUCUUAAGGUCCCUAAUGUGAUUUGUCUAAUGCUUGCAUUGUUGAUAGCAAACUGCUAAUUAUGAAAACUCAUUGACAAAUUUUGUUGCAGGGCAAAGUGAAGUGUUAUAAUUAAAUACUUUUAAAGUUGUCUGCCAUAAAAUUUUAUUUACACAAUUAAGCACUUGCUUGGUAGAUUAGAGUCAGUUGUUGACUUGGUUCUGUCAAAGGCAGGGGGACAGGAAACGUUCAGUUAGCAGAGACAUUUUCCUCAUGUUUUGACAGCCUCGACAAUAUUGCACAUGUAGAAAAAAUCCAAACUGACAUGCAGAAUAAACUUGUAGAUUGAAAUUAAUGAAUCCUUUUAGAUCGCCUUAGCUGUGAAUGACAGUUUGCUGGAAUAAAUUUUCUUAUUUAUCGAUGGUCCUUUAAAUAGUGCCUGGGCGCAUGUGGAACUUGGUCCCCCAGAUGCCAUUCUUGGAAUAACAGAAGCAUUCAAAAAAGACACAAAGCCUGAGAAAAUUAACCUUGGUGUUGGUGCCUACCGAGAUGAUAGUGGGAAACCUUAUGUAUUACCAACAGUGAAAAAGGUAGGCACAAGCUUAAAAUAUUUCCCCUUGAUAAAUGACUUUCAUAUAAUAAAAUAGUCAGGUCUUAUUGAAGUUGUUGGCCGAUUCAUCAGCCUAAAAGUCCUGUCUUCCACACUCAUAAGGAAGGUUCAUGGUUGCAUAUCAUUGUAGAUGUACAUGUAAAGUUGUUUUGCAUAAAGGUCAGUGAAGUCAAAGGUGGCUCAUUGAUGUGUACAGUUUCAGCUGUGCUCUAACAACACCCUGUGGCCUCUAGUGACUUCCUGUUGACUUUGAAAAGGUGACACAAAUAUCUCAGUCUUUGCUUUAAGCCUAAUUGCUGGGACCAAUAAUUGUUAUGAAAUUAUUUUAUACAUACAUGUAUAGUGUCAGAGCUUUGGCUCCCUACAACAAUAUUGUCUGAAACACAAUCUUGAAAAUUUGUGUCAGGUGUUAUGGGAAACAAAAGCAAAUCUAGACAGGACUUUUGCAGUGCUUAUAUUGUCUAAAUUUGAUCUAAUUCUAUCCUGAAUUUAUCGUUUAUUUUGUUUUUUUAACAGGCUGAAGAAAAACUGUUGUCCAAGAAUCUAGAUAAAGAGUAUGCUCCUAUACAUGGUUUACCAGAAUUUACUGGGGCUGCUGCAAAACUAGCUUUUGGAGAAGACAGUGACAUAAUUAAAAAUAGCCUGGUAAGUAUUGUUUGUCCCAAGAAACCAAGGAGUAGCAAAUGCUCUUUCCAAAAAAUAAUAACCGUCUGGCAAUUUUUUUUAAUUUGAAUGUAUUGCUUUCUUGUUUCUUUGUUUUUUUUUUAAUCUAUUCUGCUGGCCUCACAGUCUUGAUGUUUUGCAAAAAACCACCCUCGUGUAUAGCUAAAUAAUAAUAGAAGUCUCAGAAUCUUAAAUGUUUUUAAGACUACAUGUAAGGUGUUCUUGACUCAAUAUUUAAAUGGAGUUUACUGUAGUUUUUAAUAAUUUUCUCUGUUACUGAUUUAAAUUUAUCUUGUGCACAUUGAUCGUUAUUUUUUUUAUUUUUUUUUAACAGAAUGCAUCAGCACAAGCUAUCUCAGGCACUGGAGCUUUGAGGAUUGGUACAGCAUUUCUGGUUUGUGUUGUUAAUUUCAAUAUUAUUCAUGCUCAUGUGUGGGUAGACUAAACUGCAAAGAACCAGGUAUUAGUUUGUGGCAUCCUUGCAUGUCACAACACAAUAAACAUUCCUGAAAUAUUUUAGGUCUUCACAGUUUUGUGAGUUUCACAUUGUUCUCUUAACUAACCUUUUGACUUGCUAUUUGGAUUUGGUCACCAGUUUGGCAAAUGAAAUAUGAAGGACAGUGGCUUCUGGAGAAAAAAGUUAAAGGUUUUGCCUUGUGCCCCCGGGGGGGGGGGGGGGGGUACUGCCAUAUAUGGGCUAUGUAGGUAUGUGCCGCUGUGAAGGGUAUGGUUUUCAAGCAGUUUACUCUAGGAUAGGGUGUAUAAAUCAGAGCGUUUGGGUCUAGAAUAGGGUAUCAUUUUUCAGGAAACUGAUCAGUUGGUUGAAGAUUUUGUCUAGGCAAGGUAAACAGCUACUCUAGGAUAGGGGAAUUUGGGGAAUUUACUCUAGUAUAGGGUAGCAAAAUUCAGCUGAACUAGCUCUGGUAUAGGUUAAGGGUUCCAGGGUCCCAGCGGCACAUCCCCACCCAGAAAUUCCUAAAGUACCCCCCCGGGCUUGUGCCAUGGUAAUUAUGACAAAAUGCCCUCCUCUAUUGGAGACAUGAAAAUUUAACAUUUGUGCAUCCCCUCUUAUAUCACCUAGACAUGUAUAACACUGUAACAUUCACUUUGUAUAGGACCCUUGCUGUGUUAAGUUUGUGACAUUGUCAUCCACGAUAUCUUUUUCUUUCAGAAAAGCUUCUUUCCUGGUAGCAAGGAUGUUUGGCUGCCAACACCUUCCUGGGGAAACCACACUCCAAUUCUCAAGUAUGUUACGUGAUUUUACUGUCAAUCUAACUUGUAGUCAGAGGGUGUGAAAAAGCUGCCUUGUUUAUCCUUGAUAACUUUUCACUCUGUCCUAUGUCUUACAAAGGAAUUGUGUGGUAGUCCCUCAUUUUUCUGUCACAUUUUGGAGAUCAAACGCUUUGUGUUAUGGGCAGCCAUUUUAGUUUCACGUGUUCCAAGUCUAGUGUGGAAAUGAGUAUCAAAUCUACUUAGGGGUUGGGGGUGGGGGGGUUUGGUUGGUGGUGAGAAAAAUUUCUGCUGCUAUAAAUCCCCAAAGCCCAUGGCCCCAGUACAUUUGAAACUGGAGACCAGGAUGGAGGGACUGUAAAAAGUCUGUUGUCUCAUUGAUUCGAUUCUUCAGAGGCUAGUGCAAUUCAUGGCGUGAAAGUGAUAAAUAUUGUUUCUUCCUUCAGACACUCUGGGCUUGGAGUCCAGCAGUACAAAUAUUAUGACCCUCAGACGUGUGGCUUUGACUUCAAAGGCUGCAUGGAUGAUAUUUCAGUAAGUUAUUAUAAAAGUACCUAAUGGAAAUUCUAUGUUGAAGAUCUGUUAAUCUUGGGUGCCGUCACAUUAUAUUUAGUUUGCUGAAUCACAGAUGCCUUUGGAAAUUCCCCUUUUCAUAAAGUUUGCAAGAGUGAAAUAAUUUUUUUGGCUACCUCGAUCUGAGAUUAAAAUAAUGUAAUGAUUUAUGAACUAAAAUUUCCAAGUAAAGAGUUAAAUUUAAAAAACUGUUGCUUGUUCUCCUUAGUAAUAAUGUAAGAUCAUUUCUUGUGUGGCUGGAAAGAUUCUGUAAAAUUCAAGAAAGUUAUUAAAAUUAUUUUUAACAAGACAAGAGGGACCCCUCAAAAAUCAAUAAUCUCCAUAAUUACUUGGUUUCAAUUCAUUCCAUACUGUAAGUUUUUUGCCGUUACGCGUAAUUAUGCCCUAAUAAUUACCAGGCAAAGUCAAAAUUUAUCGGCUUUAUUUAUUCUACAUUUUUACGGCUACUCUGUUUAUGUAUUCUACAGCCAAGUUACCAAAACUUCCACCUUCAUAUUUGUAUGUUUCUUUUUACUGUUGUUAAAUGGUUUAAAAGGAUAACUUUUUGGUUCUGGAAACAAGUAUUUUGUGUGUCUUUUUAUUCAACAGAAAAUCCCUGAGAAUUCGGUGAUAAUGCUACAUGCAUGUGCUCAUAACCCUACAGGAGUAGACCCUAAGGUAUGUAACAAUGUAUUAACCCUUCCACUACCAAGAGUGGCCAAAUUUCAUUUUGUAAAAUGCUGUAAAACAUAUAGCACCUUUUGGAAGUACUACUGAAGAUAUUUCAUUUGAGUGGUAACACCAUAGGGGGCCUUGAUUCACAGGCUUAUAACGGCAAGUCAACAGACAAUUUUCUGGCCAAGAUGACCAUUAAUAUUUUGUCGGGCCAAACUUUCAGUUGGCUGGUCAUUAUUUUGGACCUGUCAGUUGCAUGGCUUUCAAAUAAAUAAUGGUAAAAUAAAUUUAUUCAUACAAAAAAUUAUAUGAUUCUGAAAAUCACAAAAACAGAUAAAUCGCAAAAUAUUUUAGUCACUUGCAAUUCUGACAAUUUUUUCGCCAGCAGUGAAAAAAAAGCCAGUUAAGUGUGCAUGUCCGAUGUCGCGUACUGUCCAAUUACACUGUCCUAUUAGUGCUGAAAUCAGGACCGUUGAUACCCAAUUAGAUUUGAGAAUUUUGUAAUACUGUUAUGAUUAAACUAAAAGUAGUCAUUUCCUUUCUAGAAAGAAGAGUGGAAAGAACUCUCACAACUUGUUAAGGUAUGUGUACAUGUAUAUGUUGUGGCUCAAUUUUAUCCUUGGUAUAAACAUAGUCGUUUGUUUCAGUUUCUUAUCCUUUGGGAGUCUUUGACAUUCUCACCCAGAUAUAUAGUAACUUGUAGUACAAAUUAAGUAGAUAACAUUCCAAAUGAGUUAUGUGAAAAAGCAUCAAAACUAAGAAAUUACAAUGUAAGCGAGGAAGUUGAUUGUUGUUUUGGAAGUUGGUAAAAAUUAGGGUAAUGCUAUAACUUCUCAUAUUUUCCUAAAGCAAUGAUAGUGAAUAAAAAAAAACACUCUGAACACCACAAUUUUGCAAGGGAAAGCCAAUCAGGCAUGAGAAAACUAAAUCGCAAGUAACAACGAUAAUAAAUUAGUGUGUGAUUUUCUGGUUUGCUCGCUCAUCCUGUUCUUGUUACAACACAAUAAACAUUCUUGAAAUAUUUCAGGUGUUCACGGUUUUCUGAGCUUGACAGUAAUGUGGAUUUUCCUUUCAGGAUCGUAAGUUGUUCCCAUAUUUUGACAUGGCGUACCAAGGUUUUGCCAGUGGAGAUACUGACAGGGAUGCUUGGGCACUGAGACAGUUUAUUCAAGAUGGACACCAAGUGAUGGUGGCGCAGUCAUUUGCCAAGAACAUGGGCCUCUAUGGUAAGUUCUUUGGCUAUCAUGUUCACAAGUAAGAUAGAAACACUAGAAGUGCAGUGCUCCAACCUCAAGUUAUAAAAUGGUCAACAGACUUAAUGUUGGUGGCCAGAAAAAAGGACACUUUGUUCAAUAUUACCUGAAGGGAUUGAGAUAAAGAAGAUGGCUGCCCCCUAUCGCUAUUUACUUUGGAAGUACACGUGACAUCUCAUACCAAGACAACCAUGGUAAGAGAUGAAUUCUACAGGAUAUAGAACAGAAAAAAAUACUUCAUGCAAACAUUAAUUUCAUGUAAGCUUUCAAAAGACCAUUAACACAACUAACUGGAACACUACAACUUGGCAAAUGACCAGUGAAAUCAGGUCGCCAAAUUUCUAGCGGUGUGAACAUGUGGGAUGAAAGCCAAGUUCAAGCGAGCUACUUCAAAAGACGAAGUAACGUACAGAAAGUUCUGUUUGAAAUUUAGGAAAAUGGCUCCUACUCUUGUGUGUGUGUGUGUUUUUUUUUCAGGCGAAAGGGCUGGAAUGGUAUCAGUCACAUGCAAUUCCAAGGAAGAAGCUGAGAGAGUCCUUUCCCAGAUUAAGAUUUUGAUCCGGCCAAUGUACUCUAACCCUCCAGUCCAUGGAGCGCGCAUUGCAGGCAUGGUGCUGAGCGAUCCUGAACUCAGACCUCAGUGGGAACAAGAAGUAAAGGGCAUGGCUGAUAGAAUUAUCUCCAUGCGACAACAGCUGGUGGACAAUUUGAAGAAAGAAGGUACCACAUUGUUACAAUAAUGGUAGCUUGCGAGCAAGCUUCCCAAUAAUGGCCAUACUGUUAAUGUGGCUAAAUGUAAUUCAGGUGAUAUUAAACACGAGACAAUGCUGGCCAGUGGUCUCCACCACUAAUCGUAUGUGGGGCGGUCCUGAGCUUUAGCAGGGCUUUAGUAAUUGUACAGUGCUUUCACAAAAGUCAAUCAUUUUGCUCACUUUGCCUUUGCGCGCAGUAGCUUUAGCUUUUUUGCCCCCAGUCUCCCCUCCCCUUUGGAUGUUUUUCUGUGCAUUUCUCCAGUGAGGUUCUCAGUGUGACCCUACCUGGUGGGUGCUGCUCACAGGGUUGUCAUGGUACCUUCUAGGCUCGCUUGUGGCUCCCUUCAGUUUCACCAGGCACGUUUCCCCACAGUUUAACCAGAAGACGACAAUGUGCAAUAUCAAUGAGGACAAUAACUUAGUACAGUCGAAACUCUCUCGGAAAUUCGAAAAAGUGGUCGUAACUAGAGCUGGUAAAACAAUAGAGUGUGGUCGCUGACAAGAGCUUCAGAAACUCAUUAAAAAUUCCUAAAUAAAUUAAUGUUUAAUGAGUGUCUUUAUACCGUAAAACUCCGAAAUUAAGCCCCUCCAAAUAUAAGUCCCCCAAACCGGUCGUGCAAAAAAGCCUCCGUUAAAUCGCCCCUCCAAACAUAAGCCCCCCGGGGGCUUGUACUCGGAGAAUUGCCCUCAAAUACAAAGGAAAACAAAGCAAAAACGGUAAAUUUACUUCCAACAAUAAGGCUAACCAACUGAUUUUGAAACGCAAAUUUCCCUCCCUAGAUAAGCCCCUCAAAAAGGGCCUUUGAAAAAUAUAAGCCCCGGGGUUUAUUUGCGGAAUUUUACGGUAUCUUACAUAGACACGCCUAAAACUUUACGUCCAUUUUUUAGACCAUUAGCGCAGGCUCGCUAAAGUUUUGAUUUAUAUGAAUAAAUUCAGGGUCCGAAAUUAACUUUUUAAUACGGGGGCCAACUGGCGAUCAAGUAUAAAUUUUUGGUCGCCAGAGGGCAAAUUGUGGUCGCCAAAAAUUUCCCCUCCCUUUAUUUGAAAUAGAAGUUUAAACACGAAUAAAAAAUGUAUGGUAUGGACGUUUUUAUGCUCAAAAAUUCCACUACUUCGGCUCCCGAUACCAGAGAGCAGCCGUACGCGUACGAGUGAGGUCUUAUUUUUUCCACAAAUUACUUUUUGGAGGUAUAAACACGAGUCCGCCAUGUUGCUCGAUCCAGGCCACAACCGUGGAUAUAUGGGUAUCGUGUUUCAGCUGAAAAGAACAUGGCGGCUUUGAACCAUUCAACUCAUAUUGAUCGUAGCUGUUGAGGAGGUAUUUUUACAUGAAGAUUCGUUUCACUUUUAAUUAAAAAGUAUCAGCAGGACAAAACGUAAGACACCUGUUGGCAAAUAGCCUCGAGGUUUUAAUUCUUAAUCAUUUUCUCCGAACCUGAAAGUUCACAAUAACAGCCAGCUUUACAAGUCAGGGGCACCCAACGAGGAUAUAGUUCAAAACCACUUAACAUAGCAUUGUUGAACGUAUUUUAGUAUUCAAACGGUGGAUAUAGGCAUAUUUUUAUCCCCUAAAAACCUUUUCAUCUGUUCGGAUUUCCUAGCUGAAAGUCUAGUGAUCCGAAAAUUAUAGGGAUAAAAACUUACCUUCUCGAAAAUUUCAGCCAGGAAAAGGCUCCCGAAAAUUCUAGGUGGCCUUUUUUUAGGGUAAAAAUCCGUUAAAAAUGGGUAAUUAUACCAUUUUGUAGAUGUUCGAAAAUCCUAGGAGAGGCAGGCAAGUAAGAAAUUUUACAACAAAUACUCCGAAAAUUCUAGAUCUCAAAUCGUCUUCCGAACAGAUAUUUUCCCGAAAAUUGCCGUUGGGUGCCCCUGACAAGUCGCCAGUUGGCGACCAGCUAUGAAAUUCUGGUCGCCAGUACUGAAUUUUUAGUCGCAUUGGCGACCAGGAAGGCGCAAUUUCGGACCCUGAUAAAACUCUGAGUGGUCGCUUACGAGACCUUAAAAACAAAGGAAAAUUCCAGUUGGGUAAUACCAAAAGUAGUUGCGGUCGCUUACGACAGCUUCUCAGUCAUUACAAAGUUUAAGUCCCACUGGUUGUUCAAACUGGGUUUCACAAAGGUGGUCGUAACUAGAGCUGAUUGCUUACAAGAGUGGUGACAAGGAGAGCUUUAACUGUACUAGUUAAAACAGGUUUAUAACUCGUAUGGGUAGUCGAUAAUUCAUAUCUUAUUUGCUAGGAUCAUCUCAUAACUGGUCACAUAUCACAGAGCAGAUUGGGAUGUUCUGUUUCACUGGCCUGAAACCAGACCAGGUAAGGAUGCUGUUUUUCUCAAUUGCUAUAGUCAACCCUGUAAGUACCAAUAUCUGGCACAUACUAGACUGCGAGCAGUCUUUUAUUUUUCUUUGCAAAGUUACUGCAAGAGAAACCCAAGCACGCGAGCGGUGAGCGGCGAAGCCGCGACGUAGUUUGCAAUCGCGCUUGCCGAGAACUAGACGGAUUUUAAGAGAAAAGGCGGACUGCAAGCAGUCUAGGCACUUUCAAAUUUUCCUAACAGAUUUCCACAUAUUUCCUUAAAGAAUGAGUUGAGAGAAUUUGAUAAAAGAUCAAAGCAUUUCCUUUUGGUAAAACAUUUCACGUGUAUUAAUUCUUACAACGUUUACCGCCCUCUUGGUUAUGUAUGGAUCUUGUUAGGGGAAAAUUGAUGUUGGUCACUGUUUGGGCCUAAACGGUGUUUGAUAGUGCUGUUGAUGAGGAUAAUAACGACAGCAACGAUUUAUGGCGAUGUUGUUUUAAUUGUUUAUUCCGGGUCAGCGCUAGAAAAAAAAAUUGGAUUACUAGAUUGUCCCUUGACAAUGGGACAUUUUCGAGUCCGAGGAACUCUGACUCGACUUUUAAAACGAGGCCAAGUGCAAAACCUUUGUUGUGAGUUCUAUUUGCAUGAGAAUAAAAAAAAAAAUUAUUUUCAGAUAAAUGGCUUCCUCGCUUUGAAACAGAGGCUUGGGGAAAUUCGUUCCCACAUUUUUCUUGCCCGGGGUCAUAGAAUGCAUGACUUAACUUAUGAUUUAGUUAGAUGACUUACCUGUUCCUUGCCCUUUGGCCAAGUUAAAAUGAAAAGUUACUCGCCUGGAAGGAAAAUCUAGUUGUCCCAGACUACUGGACAGCACUUUCUCACACCCUGAUAGUACACAGUACAAAAACUUUUUGUAAAAGCAGGUAUAUCAAAAACGGUUGUUCAAAAUUGGCUUUACAGCGAAGCUUUAAGCCAAGACACCACAGAAAUUUUUAUGAAAUCUAUUUUAGAUCCAGGAGUUGCGGAAAAUUAAGAAUUUCAAAAAAACAAGGCAUAUAUCAAAAUUGAUUCAGUGAGAUGCAAACGAGGGGGGCAAUCUCGGGCGGCUUGAUUGUCUUUGUCAAUGUAAUUUCACUUCUUCUCCUUGGUAAAAGUGCAAGUCAACUUUUUUGUAUAAUGUAUGCUAAAUUACUUGUUUGACUCUUCAGGUUGAACGACUUACUAAAGAAUUUUCCAUCUACUUGACCAAAGAUGGCCGAAUUUCCAUCGCUGGUGUGACGUCAGGAAAUGUGGGCUACUUGGCACGUGCAAUGCACGAAGUUACAAAAUAAAUAACUUAACCCCCUCUCCCCCACUCUAUCAAGCCCACCCAACCCUCCCUUUUCCGGAAGUUAGAAAUUGACAGUGUUAUUCUCUGAAAAAGGAUAACUUUGAUGCAAAAGGGUGGCCGACAAAAAAUGAAAUGAAAAGGACAAAAAGAAGGAGUUAUUGCUUCCAUUUUUCUUAUAUCCUCGGUUUUAUUAUUUCUUUUUUGGACAGAUCGCAUUUUUAAUUUGCGCAAUAAAGAAAAAUACAGCCCAGAAAAUGUUACCUAGUAUCGUUAUCAACCUUGAUAAAAGUUUGAGGCUUAUUGAAAUCAUGGCGAGCAUAACAAUAUAAGGUGAUACGAGCAAAAUCUUUCACUCUUUAAAGUAGAUUUUUUUCACUUGUAAAUUUGUUUUUCAAAACCUAUAAUACAACAAAAAACCUAAUUCUUUGAACAUUAAUUUAACCAGUGGGUCCCGUUAUAACAGGUUUGCGUUGUUCAGUGUACUAAAUGAUCCUCAAUGAACUGUCAUGAUUUCAAAAGAAGACUGCGAUCCGUAAAAGGCAUCACUCGCGAAGAAAUUUCCAUGUUUUGUUAGUCGGUUAUGUACCCUGUGAGCAGUGGUUUUUCCAGGCUGGACGCUACGGUAAGAAGGGAGAGAAACCACUGCGAGUGACUGUUUGCUUUUCCAUCGAGCAUACGCGUCAACGUGACACCUACGCCAAAACGUCAAAUGACAUCACUUCCUCUUGAUUCGAAGGAAACAUGAAGGACUUAAAGAUCCAACAACGAGACGGCAACCAGAACGUCAAAAACAUAAGGUUUAAUAAGUAAACCAACAACUUUGCACGUGCAUUUCACUUUUUUUGUACAUUUCUUUGCCGUUUUUGCACAACUACGACGUGAAAAUGCCUAAUUUUGCGUUUAAUGAAGAACGUAAACAAUCAGUAGUUUCUUUCUCUUCGUAGCGUAGCGUCCGGCUUGGAGAAACAACAGCUCGUAGGGUACCUGUGCUGGCCUCCAAGAUAGCACUGUGCAGAGAUCGGGAAAACUGAUGCGAAAAACGCACUGGGCUUUCUCUCUUUCCCAGACCAUGCGCGUCCUAUUUUAACUUGAACUUGUUUCCGCGACGUCCCUACUAUCUGAGAGCCUAGUACAGGCUAUGUUUUGUUCAAUAAGAUUUCAAUUUUCGUUCUACCGUCGGCCACACAUGAAAGCGCUCAGAAGGUCGUAAGAGGGUGGGUGUGGGAACGGGGCUAAAUUUCAAACCAAAUUGCAGGAUGAUGAUCAUUUCCAGUUGCAAAGAAGUUCAGUCCCUUAUGUGACAGUGAACUGUAAGACACCUGCUAGACUAACUCUGGGACUUAACAACUUGUAGUAACAGCUCUUUAGCAGUUUAGCCCUUGUAAUGGUAUUUAACUGUGUGGAAAUAUAUGGGAUGC